GAUACUGCGGCCCGGGCAGGCUGCACCGGCGGAGCGGGCGGCGGCGCGAUGGCCUCCAGCAGCGGCACCGACGUGAUCCAGGUCACCAACGUCUCGCCCAGCGCCAGCUCGGAGCAGAUGCGGACCCUCUUCGGCUUCCUGGGCAAGAUCGAGGAGCUGCGCCUCUUCCCCCCCGAUGACUCCCCCUUGCCGGUGUCGUCGCGCGUGUGCUUUGUAAAGUUCCAGGACCCCGACUCGGCCGUGGUGGCCCAGCACCUGACAAACACUGUGUUCGUUGACAGAGCCCUCAUAGUCGUUCCCUAUGCUGAAGGAGUCAUUCCUGAUGAGACUAAGGCUUUGUCUCUGUUGGCACCAGCUAAUGCCGUGGCAGGGCUGCUGCCCGGGGGUGGCCUGCUGCCCACUCCCAACCCUCUCUCUCAGAUUGGUGCUGUCCCUUUAGCUGCUUUAGGAGCUCCUGCUCUCGACCCUGCCCUUGCUGCUCUUGGGCUUCCUGGAGCAAACCUGAACUCCCAGUCUCUCGCAGCAGAUCAGCUCCUCAAACUGAUGAGCACAGUGGAUCCAAAGUUGAACCAUGUGGCUGCAGGUCUUGUGUCCCCCAGUCUGAAAUCAGAUACCUCCAGUAAAGAAAUAGAAGAGGCCAUGAAGAGAGUCCGAGAAGCACAGUCCUUAAUUUCUGCUGCUAUAGAGCCAGACAAAAAAGAUGAAAAAAGAAGACAUUCGAGGUCGAGGUCACGCUCGAGGAGGAGGAGGACACCUUCCUCAUCCAGACACAGACGCUCCAGGAGCAGAUCGAGGAGAAGAUCCCAUUCCAAAUCCAGAAGCAGGAGGCGAUCCAAAAGUCCGAGGAGGAGGAGAUCUCAUUCCAGAGAGAGGAGCAGGAGGUCUCGGAGCACAUCCAAAACCAGGGAUAAAAAGAAAGAAGAGAAAGAAAAGAAACGUUCUAAAACUCCCCCCAAAAGCUACAGCACAACCAGAAGAUCCAGAAGCACAAGCAGAGAACGGCGGCGCAGGCGGAGCCGGAGCGGGACACGCUCCCCGAAAAAGCCCAGGUCUCCCAAACGGAAAAUGUCCCGGUCCCCGUCACCCAGGAGGCAUAAAAAGGAAAAGAAGAAGGAUAAAGACAAGGAGAGGAGCAGAGACGAGAGAGAACGGUCAACGAGCAAGAAAAAGAAGAGCAAAGACAAGGAGAAGGACCGGGACCGGAAAUCCGAGAGCGACAAGGAUGUGAAAGUCACAAGGGACUACGACGAGGAGGAACAGGGCUACGACAGCGAGAAGGAGAAGAAGGAGGAGAAGAAGGUGGCGGAUGCUCCCUCCCCCAAAGGGAAGGAGCCCGGAGCCGAGAAGGGCAGCGGGGAUCCGGGCAGGGAAUCCAAGGUGAACGGGGACGACCACCACGAGGAGGACAUGGACAUGAGCGACUGAGCCCGCCCACAGCCCCUCCAGUGUGAUCCUUUAUGCUGUACUUGUUAAUCCUCAACCUAGAUGUAUCCAGCUCCGAGCUCUCCAUGGUCUGUCCAUCCCAAUACUAACUCACACCCAAAGCUUGAGACAGGGAUCCCCGGCUCGGGGGCCCAGCUGGGGCCGGGCCAGGCCGCACGUCCCUCCCACAGCACGGGCUGGGCCACCCCUCCUCCCUCCCUGCUUCCCUCCCUCCGGAGUGUCCCACAGUGUGGGGAGUGUGGCACAACCCCCCUGUCCUGUGGGAAUGCCCCGAGUGUGGCACAACCCCCCUGUCCUGCAGUCACCGAGGGGCUGCCGGCGCCUCCCCCACGCUCCAGAGUCGGCCUUGGAUCGCACCAGCUCUUUGUGCUCUUGGCUUUAGUUCUGGUUUUAAACCACGUGCUGGGCUUGGUUGGGUUUGGGUUCCCAUGGUUUGGUUGGCUUUGCCCAGGGUUCUAUGCCCUGACCUUCCUGAGGGCUCUCUCUCCACCGUGUUCGUUUAGCUCCAUCCAGGGCGAGCUGGAAGGGUCUGAGUGAGCUCGGGAAGGGGAAUCCUGCCCGUGCCCAGUGAGGGAGGGUUGGGGGAGCAGCUUCACCCAGGCCUGGGGGCUCAGGAGCUCACCCACUGCAGCAGGGAGUGCAUUUUAAAAUGACCCUGGUCUGUUUUUAAAGCAAGUCCAUUGAUAAUGUACUUUUUACUUGAUCUCAAGUCGUACAAACGGAUAAAUUUGUGUUCCUGUCCCGGCCGUUCCCUCCCUCCCGCACUCGGUGAUCCCAUGGUAUUUGCAGAGUAGUUACCCAAAGCUGUUCCUUAGUUCCAGCAGCUCCAGAGCUUUUACUUUUGUGCAGUUAAAGAGACAAAAGUAGCCGACAGUCUGUGCCAUGUCGAUGUACAGUUUCGGAAAAUGUUUUACAAAACUUUGAUAAUAAAACCCUGAAACUUCAA